UCAAAACUGAAUUGAUUUAUAAUUCUGACAGACUUGGUAAAGUUAGGUUUUUGAUCAUUAUUCAUUACCAUUUACCAGUUUGGGAAAUUGGAAAUGGAAGUAAUGAGACCAAAUUUGUGUAUAAUUUAAAAAUAAAUUAAUGUUAUGUUUGGGAGUACAGAAUUGGAACAUGGACGAAAUUUAGUUCAGAAUUUAUCCUAAUUUUUUUCUAAUUUCAAAUUCAAAAUACUAAUUGGGUGAGCCCAACAUAGCAUAAUAGAAUCCCCACGGCACACGUAAAGCACAAAUGCUACCGUGUCUAUGGAUUUGUAUGGAUUUAAUUUAACACAAGAUGAUUUUUAAAGAAUAUUUUGGACACGUUGAGAAAGCAAAAGAGGUAAUUUAUUCCAAGCUUAUCUAAGAUGGGAGGUGCUCAAAACUAACCCCUAUUAAGGCUGGUCGGUCCCUCUUCAACCUGCAACAAAACCCAAUCUCGCUGCAAUUCUCAGUGUUUGGAGGCCUUUGUGGGCAGUUUGUCACACCUCAAAAAGAUCGGGCAAGCUUGACGCGACUGUAACCGGUGGUGUUGUUACCGGAGGGUCGCAAAAGCUCAUAUCUGCUCCAGGCUAGCUUCAACUUCCACCAUACUGUUUGAUGCCGCUAUAUCAAUUUUUAGUAUUUGCCAGUGCUUUAUUGCAUAUGAGAAAAAGGUUUCACAAUGGACAACAUGUCAAGACGGAGGAAAUAUGCUGUAUACCUUUACAUCCCCAAUAUCAUUGGAUACAUAAGAAUUCUAAUGAAUUGCACUGCCUUUGCCGUAUGCUUUUCCAACAAAAAGCUUUUCUCAACUCUCUAUUUUAUUAGCUUUGUCUGUGAUGCCUUGGAUGGUUGGUUUGCUCGCAAAUUCAAUCAAGUUUCAACCUUUGGAGCCGUUCUGGACAUGGUGACGGAUAGGAUAAGCACUGCUUGUCUACUGGUUAUUCUCUCCCAAGUAUAUAGGCCUGGUUUCAUUUUCUUGUCACUGUUUGCUUUAGAUAUCGCUAGCCAUUGGUUGCAGAUGUACAGUACUUUCUUGGUAGGCAAAGCUAGUCAUAAAGAUGUAAAAGACAGUACUAGUUGGCUUUUCAAGGCAUACUACGGGAACCGAAUGUUUAUGGGUUACUGUUGUGUAGCAUGUGAGGUUCUCUACAUAAUUUUAUUUCUUCUUGCGAAGAACGAGACUGAAAAUUUGACCGACGUUUUAGUGACUGCGGCAAGACAGAGUCUUUUCCUUUCUUUUCUGCUUGCUUUACUUUUGUUUGGAUGGGCAACCAAGCAAGCUGUGAAUGUUAUACAGAUGAAGACUGCGGCCGAUGCUUGUGUGCUUUAUGACAUCAACAAAAAGCAGAAGCAAUAAUGUUGUUUUGGCAAAGGUCACCCAAACAAUGUUCCCCGUAGAAUGAUGCAGGCAUUCCUAUGUUCUUGGGCGCGUCGAAUUCUUGAUUGUAAAAAGCAGGGCAACAUAUUUGAAGUCUGUAUUUUUUAUGAACAAGGACUAAUCACACAACAGGAUAUUUACAGGGUCAAAUGUAUCUUGCUUUCUUCUGGAACUCAUUGCUUUUCAUCUAAUUAAUUUUAUUUUAUAAAUGCUA